UCCUCCAUACACCCCGAUCAGCCGGGGCCCAUGCCCACACCCCGUUUUUUUCAUGGCGCUUGGGGACUGCAUACGAAGUAAGUAUUUCUCAUGCUGGCGCUCAUCCGUAUCGCUGCCGUUACCACUUGUUAUGUACCACCCGAUCAAGAUCUUCACGCUCCGGUGACCCACCUCCCCCGAGUUUUAAAAUGUACCCACCCAACAGUUGCAGGACCUCUUCUUCAAACUUCUUUUUUCUUCCUUUCCUACUUCUAUCGGAGCCCUCAACUACCCCAUUCCCUCGCAAUUCGUCCCAUCUCCUUUCAAUUCUACUGACCAAGAUAGCUCAGGCUUCCGUCCACUUGACACCACCAUGCGCCCCGACAGUAACACAGGGCCUAAUGUACACUCCCACGCCAUCGGCCCCGCUUUCGGCAAUAUGAUCCUUCAGGCUUUCAAUGCACCAAGAUUGGCGGAACCCACUUUUCGCGUACAGAUAAAUGAACUGGACCUACGCCAUCCCCCUUCAAUUCGUUGGGGUCACGAUGACUCGUUCUACGUGGACGUUGAUGUUGAUGGGCGGGUUCAAACAACAUCUAUCGUCGGCAAACACAAAUUACCUUGGAAAGAUAGCUUUAUCUUUGAUGCCCGACAAUCUUCUGUUAUCACAUUGCGGGUUUUUGCUUGGCGUAUGCUCCAUAAAGACACAUAUGUUGGUUCGGUUCAAGGCAGAUUGGAUGCUUUUCUUGGCUCCUCUGAAAAAGCUGUUCCCCACGAGGUCUCACUCUCCCAUCCCAAUAAUGACCAUCAUUACCCUGUCUCGAAGACUAAAUUUCGGUUUUCAGUCGAGCGUGUAGGGGAAGUUGAAGAACCCGGCUUUCGUAAUGUGACCAGUGGACCCCCGGUUAAAGAGAAUCGCCCGGAACUUACCACUUCAAUUGCGGCGAUUGUUGCUCUCUUCCCCAAUGACGGCCGGAUCCAACAAAUACUGGAAAGUGCAAAUACUUUUAGCCCGCUGCUGGACAAGAUCAAUAUCUUUCUCACGUUUACUGAUGCCCUCGGGGAUAUUCAUCCCUACGUGAAGAUGGCUGCCGUAAUCCUGAAAGGAGUGAUCAAGGUUUUCACAUUGCAAAUGGUUUUCAAAAACAACGUCAAAGAUCUCGUUGAAACCAUGGCCGACGCUCACAGUUUUCUGUCCGAGUCAGAUCCACUCUCGAGGAUACAGUCUCAUCGACAGAUCAUCCGUGCCCUCUCGCUCCAGACGGUCGAGUGCUUGUAUUUCCUUCGAGACAUCACGGAGGGCGGUUUCGGACACCUUAUAGGCCGACUAUUGACAAAUACCGAGCGAAAGUUCCAGGAAUACACCCAGAGGUUCCAGCAGCUGAGGGCUGCUCUGCAGGAACGUGCCAUUAUUUCGAUCGCGGUCACUGUGUUACGUCUAUAUGACGAAGUUCAAGGAAUAGCUGUGCAAAUACCCCUCGAAAACAUGCAUUACGCUGAGGACGUCCACUAUACUGAUGUGGACGAAUGUGAUUCUAUGGCACCUGACCGGCGUGAACUCAGCGACGAGAUUGCCCGCUGGAUUAAUGGUGACUCGAUGGAGCGCAUCUUUUAUGUUUGCGGACCAGCUGGAUGUGGAAAGACCGCUGUCGCUCGCGAAGUGGCUCGUUUAUUUGACGGGUUACAACGACUUGGAUCAUCUUACUUUAUCCGUGAAUCUCAAAAUCCUUCCCACCAACAUUGCCAAUCACAUCACAAUGAUCCCCGCGAUCCCAGCUGCAUCUUCCGCAAUAUUUCUCGCGAUAUUGCAGAUCAUAAUCCCCACUUCAAGCAAGUUGUUGGCGAGAAAGUGAAGAAGUGUGCCGUACGAACGACGAACGGCGUUCGCAAACAAUUCCAAGAACUCAUCUUGGAACCAGCCAAACACGUCAGUUGGUAUGGACCAGUGGUUAUCGUCAUUGACGCCCUAGAUGUCUGUGGAGAAGGCCGCCAGAGAAAGGAUCUGCUUAAUGUACUCGCAACUAAGGCCGCAGAACUACCUCCCAACUUCCGGAUUCUAAUAACUAGUCGCCCGGAGGCAGACAUCGUGCACGCCUUCAAAGACAAGUCGCAUGUAACGAUGAAGAUCCUUGAGGAUGCUACAUUGCCGGAUAACGAUUCAGGGAUUUCUUUCUCACCGGUCGCUGCCUCCUGUCAAAGACGUUACCCCUCUCCUGCCAGUGACAGUGUUCUGGAGUCCGAUUAUUUGGAAGGCGGGAACCUUGCAGAUCAUAGGUCUUUUGAAUUUUUCGACGAACAGGACAUCUAUCCGCACGUUGGCGAUACUUCGCCCCCUCCACCGUACGUCCACGAAGAUGCGACUCCGGGGAACCGAAACUACACACCGGUUUUAUAUACGAAGGAGCAAGCAGACAUGCCAUUCUACCAUGCUGGCAGCCCGUUGCACCUUCACGAUACAAGCAACCCUCUGGUGUCCGUUGGAAGCAAGGUUUACAUGGUCGUACAUGGGCAUCAUGUCGAUGGAGACAUCCGGCACCGAGUUUAUCCAGGCGAGCUCGCUGAGGUAGAACAUCCGGAGAAAGGCGUAGAUGGAUACACAGGCCGCCGAUAUUGUUAUCGGCCAGUUUAUCCAGCCCGUCAUUCACGCGCAUGAAGUUACCCACCCUUGAAUUUACUUUCUCAUACCGUGUAUAUUUGUGCUAGAUCACAAUACGCAAUUGUAUUGCCGACGUAUAUCAUGUACAGAUACCAUCGCGAUAUCAAUGAUAUGUGCAAAGUGGAUU